CCUUAAACCUCUUCGCCUGUCGCCAUUAUUCCCUUCCUCCUCCACCUCCUCCUCUUUCUCCUCCUCCGCCGCCGCCGCCGCCGCCGCCGCUGCGAAGUCCUUCCUCCGCCCGCUACUUCGACUGACCGCGCCCGAGCUCGCCUGGGACGAUGAGGAAGAAGGUGGACGAUCGCAUCCGAACCCUAAUCGAGAAUGGCGUCAAGCUCAGGCACCGCUCCAUGUUCAUCAUCGUCGGCGACAAGUCCCGCGACCAGAUUGUGAAUCUCAACUACAUGCGCAGCAAGGCGGUUGUAAAAUCUCGCCCUACAGUACUAUGGUGCUAUAAGGAGAAGCUUGAGAUCAGCAGUCACAAGAAGAAACGAGCAAAGCAGAUAAAGAAGCUGAUGCAGCGAGGACUGAUGGACCCUGAAAAAGCAGAUCCCUUUUCCCUUUUUCUGGAAACUGCUGAUAUAAAAUAUUGCUUGUAUAGAGAAUCAGAGAGAAUUCUUGGAAAUACAUUUGGCAUGUGCAUCCUCCAGGACUUUGAGGCAUUGACACCCAAUCUCCUAGCAAGAACUAUUGAGACUGUCGAGGGUGGUGGUUUGAUAGUGCUCUUGCUUCGUUCUCUUUCUUCUCUUACUAGUCUGUACACCAUGGUCAUGGAUGUGCAUGAGAGGUUUCGAACAGAGUCUCAUUCGCAGGCUGCUACAAGGUUUAACGAGAGGUUCUUACUAUCUAUUGCGACAUGCAAGGCCUGUGUUGUAAUGGAUGAUGAGCUUAACAUAUUACCAAUAUCAUCCCAUAUAAGAUCAAUUAAACCUGUAUCAGUCAUGGAGGAUCCUGAGGGGUUAUCUGAAGGGGAGCGGGAAUUGAAGGAUCUAAAGGAACAAUUCCGUGAGGAUUUCCCAGUUGGCCCUUUAAUUGGAAAGUGUUGCACUUUGGAUCAGGGGAAAGCUGUGAUUGAUUUUCUUGAAGCUAUUUUGGAUAGAACACUACGGAACACUGUUGCCUUAAUUGCUGCUCGUGGGCGUGGGAAAUCAGCUGCUCUGGGUCUAGCUGUUGCAGGAGCUGUUGUUGCAGGGUAUUCGAAUAUUUUUGUAACUGCUCCCAGCCCAGAAAAUCUCAAAACUCUAUUUGAGUUUGUCUGCAAGGGAAUUAAUGCUUUGGAAUACAAGGAGCAUUUGCAUUAUGAUGUGGUGAAGAGCACUGAUUCAGAACUGAAGAAAGCAACGGUUCAAAUAAAUGUCUACAAACAACAUCGCCAAACAAUCCAGUAUAUGAAGCCGCAUGAGCAUGGAAAGCUUUCUCAAGUUGAGCUCCUUGUUAUUGAUGAAGCUGCAGCUAUUCCAUUGCCUAUUGUAAAGUCCUUACUUGGACCAUAUCUGGUCUUCCUCUCAUCAACUGUCAAUGGCUAUGAAGGGACGGGACGCUCCUUGUCUCUGAAGCUUCUCCAACAAUUGGAAUCACAAAGUCAGAUAUCUAUGCAAAGUACCGAUGGCCCCAAAUCUGGUAGGCUCUUCAAGAAGAUUGAAUUGAAUGAAUCUAUUAGAUAUGCCUCUGGCGAUCCAAUAGAGUCCUGGCUUAAUAGUUUACUAUGCUUGGAUGUUGCCAAAUCCAUUCCAAAUAUUAGUAGACUGCCUAAUCCAAGAGAAUGUGAUCUCUACUAUGUCAACCGAGAUACACUUUUCUCAUACCACAAAGAGAGUGAGAUGUUUUUGCAGCGAAUGAUGGCUCUUUAUGUUGCCUCGCACUACAAAAAUUCACCGAAUGAUUUGCAGUUGAUGGCUGAUGCACCAGCCCACCAGCUGUUUGUAUUGCUAGGUCCCAUUGAUGAGUCAAAAUAUCAGCUCCCAGAUAUUUUGUGUGUUGUUCAGGUUUGUCUUGAAGGACAAAUAUCACGAAAAUCCUCUAUGAAAAGUUUAAGUGAGGGUCGUCAACCUUUUGGUGACCAAAUACCGUGGAAAUUUUGUGAACAAUUCCAAGAUGAUGUAUUUCCAAGUCUUUCUGGAGCUCGAAUAGUGCGAAUUGCUGUCCAUCCUAAUGCCUUGGGGCUUGGAUAUGGCUCAACUGCUGUGGAGCUCUUAACAAGGUACUAUGAGGGCCAAAUGACGAAAUUUGCGGAAGUUGAUGAGGAGAAGGAAGAACCUAAAAUUAAUGUCACUGAAGCUGCAGAAAAGGUCUCUUUACUGGAAGAGAAUAUAAAGCCCAGAGCAAACCUUCCUCCUCUUCUUGUGCAUCUUCAUGAACGCCCUCCUGAAAAGCUCCACUACCUUGGUGUUUCUUUUGGAUUAACAUAUGAUCUCUUUCGGUUUUGGAGGAAGCAUAAUUUUUAUCCAUUCUAUGUUGGCCAUAUUCCAAGUGCUGUGACUGGUGAGCAUACUUGCAUGGUCCUGAAGCCAUUGAAUAACGAUGAAAUCGAAGUUAGUGAAUCAACUUAUUGUGGGUUUCUAGCUCCGUUUCAUCAAGAUUUCAGACAAAGAUUUAUGCGGCUUCUGGGCACUACUUUUCGCACGCUUGAUUCUAAACUUGCAAGGAGCAUUUUGGAAUCAAAGCCAGGUUCUACAAACCACGAACCCAGAUCGGCUGACAUGGAUGGUAAUUUUAAGAAACUGCGGGACCUAUUGUCCCCGUAUGACAUGAAACGACUAGAGGCAUAUACCAGCAACCGUGCCGAUUAUCAUACAAUUCUUGAUCUUAUGCCCACUCUAGCACAUCAGUAUUUCCAAGAAAAGCUUCCUGUAACAUUAUCGCCGUCCCAAGCCUCAGUUUUAUUCUGCAUGGGUCUGCAAAACAAAGACUUUUCUUCUCUCAAGGUCAGAAUAGUGGAAUUAGACCAGAUCCUAUUGUUACUCAUCAAGGUGAUGAAAAGGUUGUUUGGCUAUCUCUACAGCGUUGCGUCAAAUGAAAUCCAUGCAACUUUACCUCAACUUAAAGAAGUUGAAAUUGCCCCUGAACAUGAGACGUUGGAUGCAGAUCUCAAGGCAGUAGUAAGGAAAGUAAUGGAAAAGAUAAAAACAUAUAAUGAAGGUAAUGUGAAUCCGGAAUACCUGGAGCAAUAUGCAAUUGUACAUAGAGAAGGUGACUAUGAGGAGGCUUUUCAAAAUGAAGGAAAGGCAUCCUCAAGUGGGACACUUAGUGCGAAAUCCAACAGGAGAAAGAGGGAUCGACCAGGAAAGCAUAAGGAAAUGGUUAAAGCCAAAAGGAAAGAAAAUGACAGUGACAGAGGGAAAUUGAAGAAACAGAAAUCCUGAAGGUUUUAUUUGCAAAAUGCUCGACUGUUAUCAGUUUGGAGGAAGAAGCGUUCUGAUGCAGAAACUGUAGCCGUUGGCUACGUCAAAUUUUGUCCGUUGGAAUACUAUUAGCAUCCCAGAAUGAAUGGUGCUAAGGUGAACUUAUUAGAAGGCAACUCAGGUAUCAAAUCUUUUUUUUUUUAUUUUUUAUUUUUUAUGCGGGUGAUAGUAAUGUAACAUUUAUUAAGAGAGGACCAGAAAGGAACGGAGUGCAGGCCCAAAUUAUAAACGUUUAUUUAAUUCUAUUUGUGUUUUCUGUUCAUGUCUGAGCGAGGAAUAUAAUUGAUUCUUCUCCAGGCCACACUGUAACACUCCUUAUUUAUUUGCAAUACAAAUUUUUGACCUGUGUAAGAUGUAUGA